AUGAAUCCAUCAGCUAUGCAAAAGAUUAUGAUGGAAUUUGAAAAAGAAUCAGAAAUGAUGGAUAUGGAAGAAGAUGUGGUGGUGAUGGUACAGGAAGAUGAUGAAGAGGAAAUUGAAAUGAUAAUAAACCAAGCUUUGGACGAAAUCGAAAUUACAUUGGACCAAUCUUGUUUUUAUAAUCAUAAAGGUGGUAAAUUAAAGCCUCUUAAAAAAGAGAAAAAGAAAAGUACAAAUGAUGUUGAUGAGAGUGAUCUUGAAUUUAAAAAGAAACAACAAGAAGAAGCUAAAAAAUUAAAGGAAUUAAAAGAAAAGGCACAAAAGGGAGGGUUACUUGUUGUUGGUGGAAUUAAGAAAUCGGGAGGAAAAAAAUAA